AUAUUUGAGGACGCCAUUGGAGAAAUAUUUUUUCCAAAAAAAAAGUUUGCAUGUGUUUAUUAUUUAACUGUGUAACAUACAUAAAAUUCGACAUUAAAUUAAUUAUUUAUUACGUUAUUGCAAAUUUUCAAAAAUGUCGAUUUUUUCUCGAUAGUCGCGUUAAGGAAAAAAUCCAGAACGAAAUAUAAGCAAAAUACGGAGACACCUAUGUAUGUACAUUUCUAAUCUACAGAUAUAUGCAUAUGGGUAAUAUUUAAAAAUUAAAUACUAAAAUCAAAAUGCCGAAUAUUAAAUUGCAAUCAAAUGAUGGUGAAAUUUUUGAUACUGAUGUUCAAAUAGCGAAAUGUUCUGGUACAAUUAAAACAAUGCUUGAAGAUUGUGGUAUGGAUGAAGGUGAAGAUGCUGUAGUUCCACUACCAAAUGUUAAUUCCGCAAUUUUACGAAAAGUAUUACAUUGGGCAAAUUAUCAUAAGGACGAUCCACAACCCACUGAAGAUGAUGAAAACAAAGAAAAACGUACCGAUGAUAUUUCAUCAUGGGAUGCUGAUUUUCUCAAAGUGGAUCAAGGAACAUUAUUCGAAUUAAUUUUGGCAGCUAAUUACCUUGACAUUAAAGGUUUACUAGAUGUUACAUGCAAAACAGUUGCAAAUAUGAUUAAAGGUAAAACUCCAGAGGAAAUAAGAAAAACCUUUAAUAUUAAAAAUGAUUUUACGGCAGCUGAAGAAGAGCAGGUCCGUAAAGAAAAUGAAUGGUGUGAGGAAAAAUAAAUGAAUAUAAGAGUAAAAAUUUACAUACAUAAAUACAUUAUAUAUUUAAAUCUAUAAAUUAAUAUGAAAAAAAAAAUUUUUAGUUUUGUUACUUAAA